CUUACACCGCUUUAGAGUGAAGCGCUUGGCUUGCCAGCUUCCAAACACAGAAGCUUUUCCAAGUGAAACAAGAACUUCAACCUUCAUGUGUAAUAUAAAGCUUUGUGCCUCUUCUUAUUGUCCAUGGGUUUUUGCAUUGUGGGUCGUGCUUCUGCAUUGGUUUGGAUGGUGCAUGGCCGUGGGUGGUGAGAUAAGAUUGGGGUCGAGAUUGGUGGCUGGUGAGGACAGAGCUUGGGUUUCGGAUAAUGGGACUUUCGCUCUUGGUUUUGCCGCUAUGAAUGGACGAGAUGACCAGUUUCAGUUGGCGGUUUGGUUCUUUCAGCUCCGCGGCGAUCGGACCCUAGUUUGGUCAGCUAACCAAAACUCCCCGGUCAGCGACAACGCGAUCCUCGAGUUCGACACCACAGGGAACCUUGUCCUCCUCGAUGGCGACACUGUCGUAUGGAUUUCCAACACCUCCAACUCCGGUGUGCAAUCAGCGACUAUGUCUGAAACCGGCAACUUCAUCCUCAACAGUGCCACCGACCACAUAGUAUGGCAGAGCUUUUCACAUCCAACCGACACGCUCCUCCCUAACCAACCAUUAACUGUCUCUCUCAAGCUCACCUCAGCAACUUCGCCUUCACACGGUGGUUACUACACUCUAAAAAUGCUUCAACAGCCGACAUCGCUAAGCCUUGGACUCACAUACAACUUGCCUGGAAGCUAUGAUUCCUCCCCUGAAUUUUACUCCAACUACUCUUAUUGGGCUGGACCGGACAUCUCCAAUGUGACUGGCCAAGUGAUAGCGGUACUAGAUGAGGCGGGAAGUUUCGGGAUUGUGUACGGUGAUUCAUCCAAUGGAGCAGUGUAUGUGUAUAAAAACAAUGGCGACGAUGAAGGGUUGUCUUCAGCUGUGAACCGAUCGACUCGGCCUUCGGUUCUUCGGAGAUUGAUUCUCGAGACAAAUGGAAAUUUAAGGUUAUACCGAUGGGAUAACGAUGUGAACGGUUCUAGCCAAUGGGUACCCGACUGGGCCGCUGUUUCAAAUCCUUGUGAUAUAGCUGGAAUUUGUGGAAAUGGGAUAUGCAAUUUAAAUGGGAGCAAAACGAAUGCUACUUGCACAUGCCUGCCAGGAACUUCUAAGGUUGGCACUGAUGAACUGUGCUCGGAAAAUUCUUCCCUGACCGGGAAAUGCGGUUCAGAAAAUAGAAAUCAGACAUCUGAGUUUAGAAUCUCAGUGGUUCAACAGACAAAUUACUAUUUCUCCGACUAUGCUGUCAUAGCAAACUACAGUGAUAUAGCUAUGGUUUCAAAGUGCGGUGAUGCUUGUUUAUCAGAUUGCGAAUGUGUUGCUUCUGUUUAUGGACUAGAUGAGGAAAAGCCUUACUGUUGGCUACUUAGGAGCUUGGAUUUUGGUGGGUUUGAGGACCCCAGUUCGACCUUAUUCGUGAAAGUCAAAUCUAACGGCUCGGCAACUCCUGAAGGUAAUGCAAGAGGAUCAGGGGGUUCAUCCGGAAAUGGCCACCAGAAAGUAGUGAUUCUUCCGGUUGUACUUGUCAUGGUGGUUCUCAUAGGUCUACUCUGUACAUUGUUGUAUUACAAUGUCCGCAGGAGGAGGUUGCUUAGGAAAGCAAUGGAAAGCUCUUUAUUAACCUUGUCUGGUGCACCAAUGAACUUCACUUACCGCGACUUGCAAAUUCGCACCAGCAACUUCUCGCAGCUGAUUGGAACAGGUGGAUUUGGAAGUGUGUACAAGGGAAGCCUUGCAGAUGGAACUCUAGUCGCAGUAAAGAAGCUUGACAGGGUUUUGCCUCAUGGCGAAAAGGAGUUCAUAACCGAAGUGAACACCAUUGGUUCAAUGCAUCACAUGAACUUGGUCCGUUUAUGCGGCUAUUGCUCUGAGUCGUCGCAGAGGCUUCUUGUUUACGAGUUCAUGAAAAACGGGUCCUUGGACAAGUGGAUUUUCCCUUCGUUCAGCUCCCGAGACAGAUUGCUAGAUUGGCAAACCCGCUUCCGAAUAGCCAUUGGGAUGGCACAAGGGAUCUCAUACUUUCACGAGCAGUGUAGGAACAGGAUCAUACACUGCGACAUUAAGCCGGAAAAUAUUCUACUGGAUGAGAAUUUCUGUCCCAAAGUUUCAGAUUUCGGGCUAGCUAAGUUGAUGGGGAGAGAGCAUUCACAAGUCAUGACCAUGGUUAGAGGAACUAGAGGCUACUUAGCUCCGGAAUGGGUUAGUAACCGGCCUAUUACAGUAAAGGCCGACGUCUAUAGUUAUGGGAUGCUUCUUUUGGAGAUCAUAGGAGGACGGAGAAACCUGGACAUGUCUUUUGACGCUCAAGACUUCUUCUACCCUGGCUGGGCUUUUAAGGAAUUGGCGAAAGGAACACCAAUUAAAGUGGCAGAUAGACGACUAGAAGGGGCCGUGCAAGAGGAAGAGCUAAUGAGAGCAUUGAGAGUCGCAUUCUGGUGUAUUCAAGAUGAAGUGGUCGUGAGACCGACGAUGGGGGAAGUGGUGCGGAUGCUAGAAGGCUCGAUGGAGAUCAACGAACCUCCAAUGCCGCAGACUGUUCUUGAAUUAGUUGAAGAAGGGCUAGAUCAAGUCUACAAGGCAAUGAAAAGAGAAUAUAAUCAGUCCAGCUCUUUUACUAUCACCAGCCAUCUGUCGUCUAAUGCUACUUGUAGUUACUCGACGAUGUCACCUAGAUAAUAUAGACAGGAUUAGAGGAAAGAACGACUGAUCAAAUGAAAUAGAUUCUUCGCACUUUUUUU